AUGGCAAAUUUCAACUUGUCGAUUGUUCUCAUCCUUCUACUUCCUUUUUUGGCUAAAUCUACUGAGGAAAAGGUAUACAUUGUCCUCUUGAGUGAUCAUGAUAAGAGUAGAACAGCCGAAGAAAUCGAAGAUCAACACCAAUCGUAUUUGUUAUCUGUGAAAGAAAACAAGGAAGAUGCAAAAUCUUCUAUUAUUUAUAGUUACAAGAAUAUCGGUGGGUUUGCCGCGCUUCUUACGCCACAUGAAGCUCUUAAAGUUUCCGAUAUGGAGGGCGUGGUGUCUGCGUUUCGGAGCCAUGGACAAAGAUACACUAAGCAUACAACGAGAUCAUGGGAAUUUUCUAGUCUACACAUGCCAACCAAUGCGAACGACAAAGACAACUUAUGGUUGAAAUCCAAAUACGGCAACAAUGUCAUUAUUGGGAUGUUAGACACGGGCAUCUGGCCGGAGUCACAGAGCUUCAGUGAUGAUGGGAUGGACGUCGUACCAAAAUCCUGGAAAGGAGUUUGUCAACCUGGGGAUGCUUUCGACCCUUCAACUUGUAACAAGAAAAUCAUCGGUGCCCGAUACUACCUCAAGGGCUUCGAAGCAGAACACGGGCCGCUAAAUCGAACUUUGGAUUAUCGUUCGGCCCGCGACAUGGGAGGACACGGGACCCACAUGGCGUCCAUAGCCGCCGGGCGCCGGGUCGACAACGUCUCGUCGCCCAAUGGGUUUGCCCAGGGCACCGCCACGGGCGGGGCCCCGCUUGCCCGACUCUCUAUCUACAAGGUGUUAUGGAUGAUCAAUGAAGAAAAUAACUAUGCCGCGCUGGCAGACAGCCUCGCCGCCGUCGACGACGCCAUCAGUGAUGGGGUCCACAUCCUAAGCAUGUCGUACGGAUCCAUCGAAGGCCCCAUACCACUCAAUGAAGAAGACGUCUCAAUCGUCGCCCUCUAUGCGGCCAAGGCGAACAUUGUCGUAGCAGCUUCCGCAGGAAACAAUGGCCCUACGCCAGCCACCACGGUUAACUCGGCCCCGUGGUUGAUCACGGUGGGGUCGAGCAUGAUGGACCGGAAGUUUUCGUCGGACAUUGUGCUCGGGAACGGGUUGACUAUCCCGGGCCAGUCAAUGACUACAUAUAAAUUAGCAAAAAAGUUGUACCCAUUCGUUUCUGCAGAUCAAGUAAAUAACUGUGGCGUGCCCGAAAACGAAUCCAGGCUAUGUCUUCCAGGUUCCCUUUCUCCCCAAAAGGUAAAGGGAAAAAUCGUACUGUGCUUCACAGGAACCGGAUACGACGGAGAUAGAGUCCUUGAGGUGAAAAGAGCCGGAGGAAAUGGUGUCGUCAUAGGAAAUAGUGACGCCGAUUGGAACCCUUUUAUUUUCGAUACCGACUACUACGUUCUUCCAGCCUCAACCGUUGGUUACACAAAUGCCCUCACUAUCCUGAAAUACAUCAACUCCGUAAAAACACCAACGGCGUACAUCGCACCCGCUAUGACAGUUAUAGGCGCCAAACCAGCACCUAUAGCGAAUACUUUCUCCAGCAGAGGUCCCAAUGCAGUCGCACCUUAUAUUCUUAAGCCCGAUAUCACGGCCCCAGGGGAUACUAUAUUAGGAGCAUGGAGAGGAAAAUCUCCUUCGGGUGAUUAUGGGCUCGUCAAAUACGACUUUCGGACGGGCACUUCAAUGUCUUGUUCGCAUGUAACCGGCGCAAUGGCACUUCUCAAGGCCGUGCACCCAGAUUGGAGCAGCGCCGCUCUACGAUCGGCCCUCAUGACAACCGCGGGACAUAGAAACAAUGAGGGCAACCCCAUCACUACUAAUAUCAACGACUCGGCCACCCCAUUCAUGAUCGGGUCGGGUUAUUUCAACCCGACAAAAGCAGUCGACCCUGGACUCGUCUACGAUGCUUCAUUCAACGACUAUCUUCUCUUCAUAUGUAGCAUUGGGAUUCACAAUCUUAGUUCUACAAAGUGCCGCGACAACCCACCGCCUCCUUAUAAUCUGAACUACCCAUCACUAGCCAUACCCGACUUAAAAGACACGGUUACUGUUGUUAGGACAGUCACGAAUGUGGGGGGUGGUAAGGGAGUCUAUUUUUCCAAAGUCCAAUCUCCACAGGGUAUUUUGGUAAAAAUAAAGCCGUCCGUGCUCAAAUUCGGCCGAGCCGGUGAGAAGAAAAGUUUCAUCAUCACCGUAAAAACAGACAGUGCAUUUUCAGGGACUGUUCGGAAAGGCGAGUAUUUGUUCGGAUCGUACUCGUGGUAUGAUGGAAUUCAUGUUGUCCAAAGUCCUAUGGCUAUUUCAGUUCUCUAG